AUGUCACAAAAGGCACCUCUCCCAGGAGCAGAACUGAGUGAAGAGGAGAACCUCACUUGUGGAGACAGUGGUGAUGCAUGGCUAGAAGUUGAGAGAAAAAGCUGAGUGUAGCGGAGAAGAUUCAGAAUUGCCUAGAAAGGGAGCUCUGGCAGGACAGAGAAAGCCAGGAGGGAGGAGGUUGCAAGAGUCUAGAAAAGAGGUGACCAGAGCUUGGACAAAAUUCCUCUCUCUUUCUCUUCAGGUGAACAAAACAGGUGCUGGACGAAGAUGGAGAAAUCCCGGUUGGGAGAGAAUUUGCCGAAAGAAAUGCACAGGGCGUUAGCGGGAGAAUUCCGUCGGGAUAUUUCAGCUGUGACACCUGGAAUUCCUGAGGAGAAAAAUAAUUCCAAAGGGCAACAGGAGAAGCAGCCGGUGAAGAGAGAAACACAAUGCCUCUCAGGAGUUAUUGCAGUCUCUGUUAGCAAAGCCACAGAUGGUGGAAAGCCCUGCAGGAGAAAAUAUAAGUCAGAGAACCCUUUUGAGUGCCCCGCAUCAGCGAGAGACAGCCAGUCGGUAUGUUGCCUUGAGAAACUACAGGGAAUACUUAGGGGGGAGAAACAAAAUGCCUUGCCUGCAUGUGGUGAAAAUUUAUGUGGGAGAGAGGAAUUCGUUGGACACCAGGAGAGCCACACAGAAGAGAGCUCCCACGAAUGCCCCAAAGAUGAGAAACGCUUCAGACAUAGACAUCGGAACAAUAAUUCAGGAAGGAAACCCCACGAAUGUUCUGUGUGCGGGAAAAACUUCACCUUCAGAGCAGAGUUAGCAAGACAUCAUAGAAUCCAUACGGGAGAGAAACCAUACGGAUGUUCACAGUGUGGGAGAAGCUUCCGGCAGAGAACGCACUUAGUUAGGCACCAGAGCAUCCAUACUGGGGAAUUGUUCCAAUGCCCCGAAUGUGGAAAGAGCUUUUCCCAGAGAGAUACGUUGAAAAGACACCAGAGAACUCACAGGACGCUCCCGAGGCCUGCGUCCUCUGAGGGUGGGGAGAGUUCAAAUCGGGGCAGCAUGUUCGCUGUGCAGGCCCCUGCCAUACCUGUACCAGUGGCCAUAUUCCCAUUGGGAGUAGCCAGCAUUAGGCCUCAAAAUGGGAUUGAGCUCAGAAAGCUCUCGGAAAGCCCGUAGAAUAACUAUGUCCACUUUCAGUUAGACUCCAAGUCUCAAAUAUGUUAGUCACAAGGCACCAGUUACUCAUAAACGUAUAAUAAUAUCAACAAUUUUAUUAUUUAUACCCCGCCCAUCAAUAUACAUAAUGCAUGCUGAAACUAAAAGCUUACCCAUGAAAAUGCAGUGGUGAGGAAGCAUGCAUAAGCAGAAUACUGUAGUUGUGGCUAUAAUCACAGAAUUUGGGCUGCAAUCCUCACCCCACUUUAUCCUGGACAUAAACCCCAUUGAAUUCAGCAAGACUGACGUGGUUAGGAACACACUGUUCUAGUCCUUAUGGAAUACCCUCUCCGUGGAGGCAUUUCAUCCCGACUUCAUUUUAUUUUUCUGUGCCUACUUAAAACACACCGAUUUGGCACAUUGGCUUGUUGCACAUCAGAGAAUCCAGAGGGAAAGAAAUGCUUAGCAGGACUGAGAACAUGUAAUAUCCCACUGCAGGAAUAUCUGCAGCUGCUGUUGAAAGCAGAACAUCUAGCAGCAGGGAGGCAAUAAGAGCUCUGCCGACACCGUAGGCCCCACAGCAUGGGUCGAGGAUCUUCCCUCCGUCACCAGUUUUCAUCAGCCCACGGUCAUGGCUUCACUUUAACCAGCUUACGCACAUCCUCUUAAAGCCAGACAUUGUGUCACAGGUGAACAGAAAGCUUAUGGCCUCGGAAGGUUUGGCAUUGAAUGCUUAAUUCUGCUCACUUGUGGAGUGUUUCCAGAGGCAUAGCUGGGGGGGGUGCACACUGGCUGCCACACUGCAGGGGCAGCACUUAACUGCGGGACCCACAGUGCGCCUGAGCCCCGCAACUCUCCUGGGAGUGACAUAGUGGCUUGGGCACCUGCAGGCUCUGCGCUGGCCAAAAUGGCAGUGGGGGACUUGUGUCCGCCGCCCACCCCCCCAGCUGCCCUACAGGUGACUUGGCCUUCUCUCUCCCCUCUCCUUGGGAGUCCUCCAGGCAGCCGCUCCGCCCCAAAGAGAGGUGCCUCCUCACGCUGCCCCACAGGGGCCUGGGAAGCAGAGACAUGAGAGGGCAUCCGAGGAGGGAGGGAAGGAAAGAGGGACAGAGGCCAGUGUUGCCCAUGGCACCCCUGAUCAUCAAGGCACCCCAGGGUGCCAUGGCACGCUGGUUGAAAACCACUGGUUUAGGGAUUGUGUGCUCAAAUGAACAGCAGGGGAACAUUGUGGUCCAAAAAUUCUUGGAUCCAUUAUCCUCCUGUGCAUAUUUGACACCCAUUCAUCCUAUAGAUGCCUCGAGAAGAUCUUACGAGAAGGCCACCUCAAAGGCAUGGAGUUGUUUACUGCGUUAAAACCAUUUUGACUUGUUCUGGUUUGCACUUUUGUGACCUUUAUUUCUCCUUUGACAAGCCUCCUAUUUUCUUGGCGGGAAACACUCCCAAGUUACGUUUUGUUGCAUUCGUUAAGGUUUUGAAAAUGAAUAAAAAUUAAUUAAUUAAUAAUCUCUGAGUGUGGCACUGUCGUUUUGUAAAGGCUCACUGUGAGAUUACAGAAAAAUAAGACUCCAGUUCUGAAAUGGAGGGAGGGGCAUAUUGUCUUACAUUUUCUGGAGGCUGGACCAGUUGAAUGUGGGGGACUUGUUUGUUCCCAAGCGUGCAUCAGUUCACUUCACGGCAUGCAUGCGGCCGCCACAGAACUGGGGGGGGGGGGGGGGCCAGCCCCUUCAUUUAAUUUUUUUGAGGUGGCCCUCACGGCCCUGCAUAGAUGGUGCCCUUGUUCCUUUUUCCUUUCUAGAGAGGAGUGCUGGGGUGGCCAUGACAGGAAGUUUCUCUUGCAUAAAAUGGCAGAGUGUUUAAGAAGCCAGCUAUAUCUUUAAAAAGAUGACAAUACUUUUUUUUUUUUAAUCAAUGAGAAGUCUUGACAUUCCAAAACAUAAGGGAGAGUUGUCCUUUUGGGCUUUCUGACUAAGUUGAACUGGGCACAAAUAUAAGCAAGGAGACACCUCACUUACUAGCAGUACAUGUGAAAAGAAUCUAGGGGUCUUGGUAGACCACAAGCUUAGCAUGAGUCAACAGUGUGACGCAGCAGCGAAAAAAGCUAAUGCUAUUCUGAGCUACAUCAACAGAGAUACAGUGGUACCUCGGGUUACAGACGCUUCAGGUUACAGACACUUCAGGUUACAGACUCCGCUAACCCAGAAAUAGUACCUCGGGUUAAGAACUUUGCUUCAGGAUGAGAACAGAAAUCGUGGGGUGGCAGUGGGAGGCCCCAUUAGCUAAAGUGGUACCUCAGGUUAAGAACAGUUUCAGGUUAAGAACGGACCUCCAGAACGAAUUAAGUUCUUAACCCGAGGUACCACUGUACAGUGUUCAGAUCAGAAUUCAUAGUCCCACUCUAUUCUGGGGUACUAUGUCCAGUUCUGGGUACCAAAAUUUAAGAAGGAUGUUGACAAGCUGGAACGUGUGCAGAGGAGGGCAACCAAGAUGAUCAAGGGUCUGGAAACCAACCCUUAUGAGGAGCGGUUGAGGGAGCUGGGGAUGUUUAGCACGGAAAAGGAGACUGAAAGGAGAUAUGAUAGCCAUUUUCAAACAUCUCAAGGGCUGGUGCUUGGAUGAUGGAACAAGCUUGUUUCUACAGCUCUGGAGUUUAGCAUCUGAACCAAGGGCUUCAAGUUGCAAGAAAGGUGAUUCCAACUAAACAUCAGGAAGAACUUUCUGAUGGUAAGAGCUGUUGGACAGUGGAACGGUCUCCCUCGGGAGGUGGCGGACUCUCCUUCCUUGUAGGUUUAUAAGCAGAGGUUGGAGGGCCAUCUGUUAUGGAUGCUUUAGCUAAGAUUCCUGCAAUGCGGGGGGUUGGGCUAGAUGACCCUGCGAGUUGUUGGGUCCCUUUUCUUGCAGACUAUAAAAUACUGUAAAGUAAACCACCUGUGAACCUUGGAUGAAGGGCGCUCUACAAAUACAAACAAAUAAGUAGGAAGGGACCCUAGGGUCAUCUAGUCCAACCCCCUGCAAUGCAGGAAACUCAAUGAAAAGCAAAAUGGCUAUCCAACCUUUGCAUUACCUAAGGCCCCAGAGCGUGUUACAACUACUAAGCAAAACAACUUUUACAUAUUCGUGUGCAUGUUGUAGGUUGCUUUCAUUCGUGUUUAAUAUCUAUUUCUCAAAUCUUUGCUUUUGCAAGCCGUUUUGAGUUCGAUCCUUCGGGGCGAGGGGAGAGGGGCAAUGUACGUAAUCAUAAUUAAACAAGAACUAAUUACUCAAAUUAUUUUGGGUGGGUGGAGGAGCUAUGAGCAGCCUCUUCCAGUCGGGGGCAGCAUUGCUCGCGAGCAGGAACCUCGGCUCCCUAUCUGUCGCCAUUAGAGGAGGAGGAGGAGGAGGAGGAGGAGGAAGAAACGAGACCGGCAACGAGAGCAGCCUCCAUCGCUCCAGAAACCUCGCAGCCGCCCUCCUCUCCCCUUUCCCCGCCGGAAAAUCCCGGGGAGCCGCACAUCCCUUCCCCCUAAAAAGGUGAGUCUCACUUGCUGUCCGAACUCCCCUCCGCCUCCUUCCCUUUUAUUGCAUUUGAUCAUCAUCAUUUAAUUGCAUUCCAUCAUCAACUGCAGACCAACUUCGAUCCCUCUUUUGCACACAGGGAACAAACAGAAACUGGGGAAGCCGUGGGUUCAAAUGAGGACAAGGGGGCUUGGUUUUAUGUACAAUAUUUGAAUAUAUCGUUAUAAAAACAACAACUGCUGCGCUUGCCAGUGCUCAACCUCGUCGCCUGCGGGUGCUUCAAAAUGAUGCUCUUUUAAAAAGCAACAAUUCCGUGCUGUGAAAAGGCUUCCCCUGUUUCCCUGAAGGUGCAGCUGGAGUUAAAAGGUAUUUUUGGUUGUAGGUAAGGAAGCUUGGAGAGGUAGUAUCUCUUGUGCUUUUAAGAGGGAGGUCUGCUCACUCCUUUCCUGGGUAUUGAAUGGCUUUAAAAUACGAAGUGCCUGGAGGAUAAGGGCUAUCAGGGGCUAAGAGCCCGGAGGGAGGUGUUUGUUUGUUUGUUUGUUUAGCCAAAGCCAUUACAAAAGAUAAAACACAGAAUACAGAAUAGAAAUGGAAUAAAAUCUAUUACGUGGUUAAAAUGAUUAUUAAAAGCAGACACUUUGUGAGAUGACAGUUUGCUCCCCUGAAGAACUUUUCUCCUCAAAAUUGCCACUCAAAAGGCAAAACCGGCCACUUUUUCCAGAAGUGUAGGGGGACCUGCCACCUUAUAAAAAGUUAAUCAAAUACCCAAUUGAUCUCCCAACUGGGAGAUUUAAAUCUUUGAACAAAGCUUCUCUUAAUGUCUGUGUAGAUUGGACAAACCAGGAAGCUGUGGGGCAUAAUAAUAAUAAUAAUAAUAAUAAUAAUAAUAAUAAUACUUGCCUCCACAUGGGCAGGUUGAUCCCAUGUAUAAGGGAUCUGGCGAUAGCAUCCUUCAAUUGUGGCCAAGUGCACAGACUGGAGCCACAGAGCCAUAAAGGCAAUUCUCCAUUUGCUGCUGGUGGUGCUGAUCACAUAAGUGAGGGCGAGGCAUCUGAAUGGGUAACUUGGCAUACCAAGGGGCAAAUUUUGGACAGACAAGCUUAGACGUGCGGCCAGCACAAAAAUAAUGCUUCAAAACGGCAGAUUUCAUGAGGCAAGAUGCCACCUCAAAGUCUAAGGAACUCAGAAUUGUCCAAAGAAAGGCCGUAAUUCUCCGUAACUUGUAGCAUUUCCUGAUUCCAAGAUGGCGUUGCUCCAGUGUUAAGAUUCAGCACGUCCUUGAAAUCUGAAAGUAUUAAAACGGGCCCUAACCCCCUUUAUAAUUUUAGCCAGUACCUAAGGGCAAGGAAGGGACGCGGGUGGCGCUGUGGGUAAAAGCCUCAGUGCCUAGGGCUUGCCGAUCGAAAGAUCGGCGGUUCGAAUCCCCGCGGCGGGGUGCGCUCCCGUUGCUCGGUCCCAGCGCCUGCCAACCUAGCAGUUCAAAAGCACCCCCGGGUGCAAGUAGAUAAAUAGGGACCGCUUACUAGCGGAAAGGUAAACGGCGUUUCCGUGUGCUGCGCUGGCUCGCCAGAUGCAGCUUGUCACGCUGGCCACGUGACCCAGAAGUGUCUCCGGACAGCGCUGGCCCCCGGCCUCUUGAGUGAGAUGGGCGCACAACCCUAGAGUCUGUCAAGACUGGCCCAUACGGGCAGGGGUACCUUUACCUUUACCUUUUUAAGGGCAAGGAUAUGCACUUGUUGGAGGGAAGCACUUGUUUGAAAACCUGGAGUGAAGCCUCCAACAAAAGAGCAUAGGCAUCCUGGUCUUUGCCUCCAAGGCCUACCUGUGGAUGCUGAGGGAUUAAACCUGGGAUCAUCCUGGGUAGCUCAGUUAGAGCGUGGUGCUGAUAAUGCCAAGGUCACAGGUUCGAUCCUUGUAUGGGACAGCUGCAUAUUCCUGCAUUGCAGGAGGUUGGACGAUGAUCCAACUCUAUGAUUUCUGUGAUUUCUGCUUGCAAAGUGAUUCCUCUAACACUGAGCGACGGCUGUUCCCCCGAGCAGAGGCCUCUUGACCAGAAUUCUGCUCUUUCUCAUCUUCUUUUAAAAGUUUUAUUUAUAUUCAAAGGUGAUGCAACACUCAAAUCAAUGUGUGUGUGGUUUUUUUAAAUAAAAAAAUGGGGAGAGGUUUGAACCCUGCGGUCCUUGGACCCAUUUCAUGAAUCCAAUAGUAUCAUCACCUUGGAUGUUUGUAACAGCCAUCAUUUGUCAAUGGUAAAUAUUUUCACCUUUCUUUCUUUUUUUUAUAAAUAUAUUUUAUUAAUUUUAACAUAUAAAUUAUAAAUCAUACCGCACAGUUUAUUACAAAUACAAUCUUAUUGGACUUCCAUCAGCACCUCUGAUGAUCCUCCGUCUUAACCACUUCUUAUGCAUUUCUUAACUUUAUAUUGUCUUUACAUCUCUUAACGUAUCAUUACCCCUUCUCCAUUUUUACAAUACUUCCAAUAAUACUCCUCACAGAACUUCUUGCAAACCUACAAACAUCGUCUGGUCAUCACAAAUACUUUUCAAAUAGAUCGUAAAUUUACUCCAGUCUUCGGUAAAUUUCUGGUCCCACCGGUUUUGGAUCCUUCCUGUUAAUUUCUCUAAUUCUGCAUAGUCCAUUAACUUCAUUCUCCAUUCUUCAAUCAAAAUAUUUUCAUCUUUCAGGUGCCACGUGGGGUCAGAAACCAACAAGCCAUCAACAAGGCAUAA